CUGGCAGACUUUUCACAUGUGGUCAUUUUAUUUGUCAGCUGUAGGUCUGUUUUUUUUUGCUCACUGGUGAUCUGUGAAGUGUGCACCUCUUUGGGCGCAGGGAGGCGUUAGCAGCAGCAGCAGCAGCAGCGCCAGUCUGAACCAGAACUAGCUGUUACAGGGAGGAAGGCAGAGAAAAAGCUGGCAGCCUGCUAGCAACACAGCAGUUACCACUCGGCUAGCUGCAGUUUAGUAGGAGAAAACUGGAACGCCACGACGGAUUUCUUGUGGGACAAGCGUACAGGCCUCGCUGCUAAAACGCAGAUGCCUCACACAAGACGGUACUCGUCUUCGGACAGAGACAGUCGAAGCAGCUACCAAGACCGCUACAGAGACCGAGGUCGAAGACACAGGCACAGAAGAUCACCAAGUUACUCUUCCAGUAGUGACAGAGACAGAGACAGACGGGGACGAGGACACAGACAGGAAGGCAGCUAUGCACGUACAAGGAGUCGCAGCUUUGACAAUCGCUCUACGGAGCACCGGCCAUUCGACCGAAGAUACUGCGAGGGAUACAGACGCUUGGAUCAGAGCCGAGAUCAAGACCGGGACAGAGACAGGGAGCCACAUGGAGCAACAGAAAGUUACUACACACGAGACUUCACUCCAAACAUGUACGCCUACCGACGUGGCCGCGAGAGGGAACGUGAACGGGAAGAGUCUUACCGGCGGAAAGGCAGCAGGCGUAAGCACAAACGAAGGCGGCGUAGAACCAGGUCCUAUAGCCCAUCCUCCUCGCGGAGCAACAGCCGGACGCGGGCACUGAGUGUGAGGGACGACGAGGAAGGGCACCUGAUCUGUCGGAGUGGGGACGUCCUGCAAGAGAGAUAUGAGAUUGUCAGCACUCUGGGGGAAGGCACCUUCGGGAGGGUGAUGCAGUGCAUUGACCAUCGCAGAGGAGGAGCCCAUGUUGCUCUGAAAAUCAUCAAGAAUGUAGAGAAGUACAAAGAAGCAGCUCGCCUGGAGAUUAAUGUUCUGGAGAAGAUUAAUGAAAAGGACCCUGAUAACAAGUUCCUGUGUGUACAGAUGUACGACUGGUUCGACUACCACGGUCACAUGUGUCUCUCCUUUGAGCUUCUUGCUCUCAGCACCUUCGACUUUCUAAAGGAAAACAACUACCUGCCCUACUCCAUUGGUCAAGUCAGACACAUGGCCUACCAAAUCUGUCUCGCUGUGAAAUUUCUCCAUGACAAUAAGCUGACACACACAGACUUAAAGCCUGAGAACAUCCUGUUUGUGAACUCCGACUUCACAAUGUCCUUCAAUGUAGAGAAGAAGAGAGAAGAACGGACGGUGAAGAGCACAGCAAUACGCGUGGUGGACUUUGGAAGUGCAACGUUUGACCACGAGCACCACAGCACCAUUGUAUCUACACGGCAUUAUAGAGCCCCUGAGGUCAUACUAGAGCUGGGCUGGAGCCAUCCCUGUGACGUAUGGAGCAUUGGCUGUAUCCUGUUUGAAUACUACCUGGGUUUCACCUUGUUUCAGACUCAUGACAAUCGAGAGCAUUUGGCCAUGAUGGAGAGAAUCCUGGGACCUGUGCCCUCCAGGAUGAUUCGAAAGACAAGGAAACAAAAGUAUUUCUAUCGCGGCCGUCUGGACUGGGAUGAGAGCUCCUCAGCGGGAAAAUACGUCAGAGAAAAUUGCAAACCUUUACGGCGGUACUUGCUGUCGGAGGCCGAGGAGCACCACCAGCUGUUUGACCUCAUUGAAAGCAUGUUGGAGUAUGAGCCGUCCAAGAGGCUGGCGCUGGGCGAUUCCCUCAAACACCCUUUCUUUGAAAACAGUGGGGUCAGCGAGGCAGCAGGCAGCAAGAACUGGGAGGGUAACAGGGACAUCAGCCGGUGACCCGCGGGCCUUCAAAGACUGAAUAACAGAGGAAAUAAAGUCUAGGCGGAGCAGAUGAACUGUUUCUCAUUAAAGCAUGGACACGUUAACUUCCUGCUCCUCCACCCAGCCCUUAUGACGUCCACCUCUGCAGCCACAUGAGGCAUGUUUGUGCAGCAGAGACCAAAAUAAGACACAAACGAGUGGAAGAGUCAAUAUGAAUAUUUUAUUCUGGCCUCAAAGUAGCCCUCUAUGCAGUUCCUGUCUUCCUUUAGACUUCUGGACACUUUUCCUUCCAUCCGUCCAUAUAUUGUUUUCAUCAGCAUGUGAAGAAAAUCAUUCACAUUUCUGAGGAAAUAGGCACUACAGGAUCGACUAUAAACAAAGCCAGCUUUGGGAAGGAAAUGUUUUCUGAUUCCAAAGUCGAAUGAAAGUUGAAAAGAGGAGAUAGAGCUGUAUAUGCAGUACAGGUCUUCAUCCAAGGGGUUUUUCAACAUGGAGACAUGCAAAAUAGUCCAUUAAGUCAAUAUCGAAUAAUUCAAAUUGAAUAUAGAACUGUUUUGGAAAUUGUGUUUCAGUUUUCUUCUACAGGAGAACCUGCAUCACAUAUCACGUUUCUUUUUUAUGUUGAAAAAAUGACCCUUGGCGUGGAGACUCUUCUCUCCGGUCUGUUGGCCUGUUAUUAUUUGCAAAUGAGAUGACAAUGGUGAUGGGCACUCCUCACACACACAGGUCUCUGUGAUCUGAUUCAUGGAGAAUUAUAUAUGUUAUGUUAAACUUUCUGGGUUUGAGUGUGUGCGCGCGCGUGUGUUUGUGUAGGGGUGGGCUGGUGUGGCUGACACGGUAACAUUUAUGUUGUGCUCAGUGGCUUCUUUGUAGUUCAGGACUCAACAUGGGAACUUUCUCACACCUCUAAACACAUGGAAACAUAAACUGCCUUUUUCAUUGAGGUAAAGCACACAGCUCGUGGUAGUAGCCAGGGAGCCACACACAGCUCCUGUUGACAGUAUUUAUUUUGAGUUGCAGUAGGUCAAAGUCUCCACCCCCCAACCCCAUUUGUACAUUACUUUUUUUGUAUGAAAUUAAAGCGUAUAAAACUGUAUAUAUGUAACAUUCUGUAGAAUUAAAGUUAAAUCCUCCUUACCAAAGGCUCAUGGUGCUCUCUAUCAGUUUGGGCCUCUGGUAACUAAAGGGAGGCUAUCUGUCUUUAAA